AUGAAAUUGGGUGACCUGUGGUUGUUGGGCAGAAGGCGUCAACAUAAUAGUCACGUGAUUACCCUGCGAAUUUAUUGUGCCCAAGAACGAGGAAAAUUUGACGAGGUUUGCUCCAUAUUCGCGAUGGUUUUCUUCGAAACUUGUGGUCCUAAUGAAGCCAUGGUGGUAUCAGGUAUUUCCCCCAAUAUCUUCGUGAUCAAUGUUACGUUUUCUUUUUUAAAAUCCCUCAGCAAUGAGUUUGAAUUGGAAUUGCAUUUUCGCAGGUGUUUUUUGCUGUAGUUCGCUUGAAUGAUCUUCCGAAAUCAGAAUAUCUCUGCUCUAAAUUUCCUGUCUUCUUGAUCUGUUUUGCAGGUGUAUGCCACUCCAAGCCUGCUCUAGUUUCAGGUGGCCGUAUAUUUGUGUGGCCAUGGAUUCAAAAGCUGCAAAAGUGAGUCAAGGAAAUUCAUACAGUUUACGCACGCUAUGUACCACAAUAGAAUUUUGCUGAGGUGGUCCGAUCUUUGCAACGCUAAAAAUGCAAACGUAAUGACUGGACUCAAAGUUAACAAAAUGAAAAAUUUUGUCAAACAAUUUCGUGUAUUCGAAGUGGCAAUUCUGAAAAAUCUGCUUUCUAAUAGUUUGUUGAUUUGUGUGAGUAUGUGACACCGAUCACGGGUGUCAUGGGAAAUACAUCUACAUGGUAUGAAGGUAUGAACGCAAUUUAACUUCCUAAUGUUGGAAUAGAAGAGAAAAACGUAAUGAAUUUAUGACCCGUAUUAGCGUUGUCUUUUCUAUGUGUGGUUUAACUUAUGUAGCUUAUAUUCAAUCUCAAGAGAAGUUGACUUUAAACCGUAACAUCACACACCCCUGGUUUGUUUUGAUAUAGGCCUACGUACGUUGAGUCUGAAAGUGCAUCAAAUAUAUUGAAUAAAACAUCGCUACUGGGAUAACCCUGCAAUGUACUUCAAAAUGAUUUGAAAGCUUUUAUAGUCAAGAUUACCUUUUAUGAAUAAAUUGCAAUGACUUAAGUAAAUGUACAAAUUAUCAGUGAGUUAGCCCCUUCUUUCCUAUUUGUAAAAUAUAAUAGCCUAGUAAUGGUUGUGUAUUCAUGAAUAACCAAAAGUAUAAUGCAGGUUAACACUAGCAAUCAUUUGAUCAUCUCUACCUACACGUGAAAGUUUUCAAAAUUCAGGCUUUUAAUUUACGAGGCCUUGUCUGGGUAAAAUUCCAACCAGCAACAUGGCCUUGAAACAGCAACUCAAGACAAGAUGAAACCACAACAAACGGCAUGAAGAUCGGUUAAAUACCAACAGCAGCAUGGCUUACUCCUUAAAACUUAAAAAGACCUUAUUUGAAAUUCAGACUUGGGACAUACGUACCAUCCCCCCCCCCUUCCCCAAGAGGGCCUCAUUAAUGCUUUCCCAUGAAUGCAAGCAUUACGCUUUCGAAUAGAUGUACUUCUCUCGCCUUGCAUCCAAGUUCAGCUUUUCAGAGAGUCUAGAACAGACCUGCAAUAAGUUUAUCUUUUGGUUUAGGGAGACUUUUUCACAAAUCAAGUCGCCAGCUCCAAACUUUUAGGCGCCAUGGCGACCAAAAUGGUCGCAGCUUGGCGGGUUGGGGACAAACUUGAUUUCUAAUAGAGCUAACUAGUUAGGGGCUAACUUGCUAUGGGGUGAAACCACUGGCUUCCAAUACAAAUUACAUGGCUACAGUGAAUAAAACAUGUCUGCACAGCCAUGUAAUACCCUCUUUAUGCAAAGUGCAUAUGUUGUAGGUAAAACAGAUCUCAAGUUAAAUGAGUAUUUAAACUGUUUGUUUCAGAAUCUCCUUUGUUUCAUAAUGCUAAUUGUUCAUAAGAGACAAAGGAAACUCUGGUUUAACCCCAGAACAGAUUUUGCUCACAACACAUACACCAUACAGGACCACAUCCAGCUGAUGCAAUUGUCAAACUAGUUUUGAAAUGGUUAGAAGCCAGUUAUUUUUAAUCGAUUUGUCCACUUUUCCAGACAGGAAUGGACAGUUGUUAUUACAGCUGGCUACUUUAUGCACACAUUUUGCGAAAAGUAGCCUCUUCAUGGGGGUAAUCCCUGAAAGGAUCAUUGAUGCGUUCAGUAUCAAGACUGUGUGAAACUAUUGUUGCUUCAGUGGACAUCUCUGCUCUUGAUCAGUCUUUAUACUGGAUGUUUCACCUUAUAAUGUUAUGUAUGGUUUCUUUACAGAAUAUCACUGAACACUAUGACCCUGAAUGUGGAAUCUCCUCGUGUAUAUACCCGCCAUGGAGUGCCUAUCUCUGUAACUGGAAUAGCUCAGGUAAAUACCUGUGAGCAUAUGUUGUUCUGUUGGCUCUUGGAGGGUCAUGUUUUUGUACAUGUAUGUUAGGUUCAAGUCAAGAGGGUUUUGAGGUGUUGCCAGAAACCAUUAGCUCUCUUCUAACUACUUUUGUACUUUUAAAAAAGGUAUCCCCAUUGUAACGAUAGCGGUCCCAAACACUUAUGAAGGACUAAGGCAAUAGAUUCAACCUUUUAAUGGCCACCAAGAAUACAACAACAACGAAGUACAUGUUUUUCUGAGCACAUGACCUAAGACCACAGGCAUACCAUGACAGUUGUCAUUAAUUUUAAAGAACUGAGGUUCAACAGUGACUAGUACAAAGUAGGUCAGGAUGAAGAACAGGGGGAUUAGAAAAUACACAAAGCACAGAAUAAUAUUAUUCUCCUCUUGGACUGAAAGGCGAAAAUCGAAAAAGCUCGUAAUAAAACCUAUUAGUACUUAAUUUCACGGGUCUUAAAUUUCGUGUUUUUUGUGAUUGUAAAAAAAUUGCAAAAAUAAAUCCUUGCAAAAUUUAAGCAUGCAAAAUUAAAAGCUCAUAUAGAACAUUCAAAGCACAGAAAAAAUUAAUUAUUAGCUUGUAACAGCAACAACAUACUUGUAUGUAUCAACAAUAUAGCUUGUUAACUAGUUUUACUGGUGAGCUUCGUUUUGUAUCUUCAGUCAGAAGUGAAAUAAUGUUAAUUUGUAAAGCUUUCCUACAUUUCUUUUCCAGUUUUACUAGAAACUUGAAAACUUUCAGACUUUUUAAAUAAGUGAAAUAAAGUUGAGAACGCUUAAAUCGUGAAUUUAAAUACCUUUUUUCAUAUUUGUGUGUGGAAAUCACGAAAAUAAAACCCCACAAAACACUCUCUCGCCAAAAUCACGAAAUUAAGUACCAACAAGGUAAAUCACACAUAGUGAACUUUUUCAUUUUGCAGGUAAAAAUUCAAGGCCAAAAUCAGGAAAUGUUGUAUGCAGCCUGCCAACAGUUUCUAGGCAAAUCACAGGAGGAAGUGCGUUCUGUUGCCUUGGAAACACUGGUGAGGUUCUAGUUAAUUUCUAUCACCCAUUAAAGUUUAGAUCAGAUACUAGUUUGUUAGCAACCUUUAUUGGGCUUCUUGACCACACUGUAUAUACAAAUUUUUGUACAAUACACCUUCCACAUAUCCCACAAUCCUCUUUAAUUUAUCGUUUCUCAGAGUAAAAUUUUUGAGAACACAAAUACAUAACAUAAGACUGGAAUACAGCUAGUGCUCAGGGGAUGAACUGAACCCAGGUCUGUGGGUUAAAAGUCCUGCAUUCUAACCUGCACCUGUAUCAACUGUGCUGUCUUCUUAUGACUAACAGGAUAAUUUACAGUAUAUUUAAGCAGGUUGAAGAUUGUUUAGUUAUGUGCAUUCUUUUCAGGCCUGUUGAUCAUACCUUAACCUUUUUUUGACUCUGCAAUUAAUUUUAAUGUUUACUGUUUUACAGGAGGGCCAUCAGAGAGCCAUCAUGGGCACAAUGACUGUUGAGGUAAAUAAAAAGAAUGCACUGCACUAGUAACUGUUGCAUCUUGUUUGUCAUUUUUUGUAAGUUUUUGUCAUGACCGAUGGUUUAAAUUUGCAAUUAAAACAGGAAAUCUACAAAGAUCGUAAGAAGUUUUCCAAGAGUGUAUUUGAGGUAAAGUAAUGCAAGUUCACGAAUUUUUCUUUCAUAGGCUUAAACUGGUUUCUAGAGUAAUUUUAAUGUGUAUUUUUAUUUCCUGCCCUUCUUGCUUUGUGUUCCUGUUGUUUUGUUAAUGUUUUUAACUUUUUCAUUUUAUCUUGGUUUGAGCAUUACUUAAUACCAUAACAAUUAAGGAAGUAUCAAGUUGUAUGCAGUGUUCUCCUUAUCAGGCGAUAACCAGUAAAAUUUACUGCCUGAAGCAACAUUUCUUACCACCUGCAAUGGCCUGAAGGUUUACUAAAAUUAAAGAAGUACUUUUAAAAAAUACACAAGUUGUGAUCUGAUCCGAUUCUCACAGUCCACAAGGAAAUCAAUAAAUAUAUAGAAAAGUACAGUAGAACCCCGUUAGCAUGGUGACCAAUGGUCAAACAAAAUUGGCUGUAUCAGCAAGGUGGCCAUGUAACCGGAGCAUUAACGGGUGACUGUAUUAACAAGGAUUUUUUAUUAUAAAAUGAGUGGCCAUUUUGCCGUAUUACCGAGGUGGCCAUAAGGCGGGGUUUCACUGUACUGAAAUAUACACAGCUUUUCUUUUUAUGGGCCACGCAUUUUGGAAAGAGAACAUUGAAGACACAGUAAAUUUAUUGGAAUCAAUCGUUUUAAAUUGUUGUUUAAAGGUAACAACGGCAAAUUUGUGUAAAAUGGGUCUUAAGUGAGGGAAUGACAUUUCAGAGAACUUAGCUCUUAAAUUUCCCAGCAAGAGCGAGACCAUGUCCUGCAUUCCAAUGCCCCCUUGCAUGCCCCCAGGAAAGUGCACCUCUGGUGCAUAUUUUUGCCUUACGGGCUAUGAAUGGUCCCCUACCUGCUGAGCUAAAAUUCAGGGAGAAUGCUGUGUAUAGAUGAGAUUCCCUGAGGUUAUAGUUCACAAGCGCUAUUGUUUGUUGAACCUUUCAUUUCAGGUUUUGAGGAUUGAUUAAAUCUAUUUAUGGCAAACAUUUGUCGGUACUUGUACCUAUUGGAAAAAUGAACAGUCAUUCUUGUCAGUCUUCAUUCUUGUUAGCAUUAUUUUUUUACUACAUGCAAAUGUAUAUAUGUUACUAAGCAACUAUGUUUUGAAUUUACUUUUUGUAGGUGGCAUCAUCUGACUUGGUUAACAUGGGAGUCAGUGUUGUGAGCUACACAAUAAAGGAUAUCAGAGAUGAUGAGGUAACUAACACGUGAAAAGAUCAGUUAAUUUCAAAUCACCUAUACCACAAACUACAACCACCACCACGAUCGUCAUCAUCAUCAUCAUCAUCAUCAUCAUCAUCAUCAUCAUCAUCAUCAUUAUCAUUGUCAUCAUCAUUUUUACUGUUUACUUUAUACCUGGAUCAAUUUUAAAUUGUGGUUGUUCAUUGACAUGGGCAGUGUAUUGUAAUGUAGUGUGUGCAGUGUUUCAAAGAAAAAGAGAAAUAAAAAUGGACCUCGUCUAUAAACCCAUGGAACCACGAAACCCAAGGAACCACAAAAAUGUUAGUGGAAAGGGGGAAUGGUGAAAAAGCUGCACAACUCCUCUGUGCUAGUAAACUUCAGCAACAGCUUGCCCAAACGGCAAGCAAUUUCUUUAAUGUUCAUAUCACCCUGUCCUGUUCCCUGCAAAUUUUUAGCUUCUUAGUGGUACUUGUGUCUAUAUGUCUAGCAUGUGUUUGGCUCCUUUUUUCAGGGCUAUUUGCUUGCUCUUGGCAUGGCCAGGACGGCACAGGUCAAAAGAGAUGCCAGGAUUGGUGAAGCAGAGGCUAAGAGAGAUUCUGGAAUCAAGGUAAAAGUUUAUCAUCAAUAUGGUGCACAUGAACACAUCUGUGUGUCAGAUUUUUAUAUUGUAUUGUAUAAUUAUGCUGAGGUUGACCUUUUGUCUUGGUUUAAGUUAAUUUUUAUUUUUACAAGUUCAUUUUGUGUGCCAGUGAUGUUGUAAUUGAAAAUUUGACUUGUACAUGCCCCUCCAUUUCUCUUAGCAAUAUUUCAAGGGCUGUCCAUUUAAAGCUCAAGUAUUUGUAGUUUUAUUACCAGUGUAUGUAGUAAUUUUGAGUAUACAUGUUUACUUGAUGAAAUCUGAAUUAUUUUAUGCUAUGUUAGGAAGCAUUAGCAGAAGAAGCUCGCAUGAAAGCUAAGUUUGAGAAUGACACACUGAUUGCCAAAGCCAAGAGAGACUAUGAGUUAAAGAAGGCUGCAUAUGACAUUGAAGUUCAGACCAAGGUACUAUUCAAAAGUUUUCACAGGUAGCCUGUGAAAACAGCUAUCUCUCUUCAUUCAUCCCCUUUAGGAACAUUUCACCAAGAGGGACGUCUGCACCUCAGCAACAGAAAUUCUAUGCUGAUGAUGGAAAAUCUUUCUGGUAACUGGUCAGGAGUUCUGAUUGGUCAACGAAGUAGUUAUAUUGUUUUAGCCAUUGUUUAUUAAUGACAGACAAAAGACAAAUGUUCACAAAGGUCAAAUGUUAAUGCAAUGAAUCUGCUACAAAACUGUCAAUAUUCGUGGAAUAUAUUUAACAAAUAGAUUCCAUGUUGCCGUGCGUCUGUUCAGUAAUAGAUCACAGAUGACGUCAAAAUGUCGUAAAAACAAAGAAGUGGCACAUGAGCCGCAGGCGAGUGUGUCACUGCUGUUUUUACCACAUUUUGACAUCCUCUGUGAUCUAUUACUGAACAGAACCACAGCAACAUGGAAUCUAUUUGUUUUACACAAUGAUCAGAAAAGAAAAAGACCGAUACACAUAUCUGCCUCAAACGGCUUGACCUUUUGAGGAUUUGUGCUAGUUUAGGCAUUUUUUAAGUCCCAAACCCAACUUUUCAUUUUAGCUUCUUCUUUAUCUUACUUGUAUACAGUUUCUUCGAAAAGUUUUUCACCGUCUUUUCUUGCUCAAAGAAGAAUAAUAGCGAAAACAUUUUGCAAAACAGCGAGUCUCUCGUAGCGAAGACACACAAUGGCAACUGUUGUGAAGAUUUCUUGUAGUUCAGGCAUUGUCAAGUAGUCAAUAGCUUUUUUGGUCUCCGUUUCUCCGUUUCUCCGUUUUUCUUCUUUGUAAAUAGCUCCUGCUAAACUUUUUCCGAAGCUUUCACUUGCCUCAAUCCGAAAUAAUCUCACAAACAUUUUCAAAACCGCGUGCCAUGUUGAACAAAACAAAGAAAACAAGUUUCCCGUGACGUCAUCCAUGUAUCUGUACUCUAAUAGAUCAUGGGCAAUGACCAAUCACAGCGCGCGUAGCAUUCACAUCAUUGUAUAAUCUUCUUUAGAAGGAGCAUUUGAGUUUUGUUGAAGCUUGUUUGCAGAGGAGUACUAAACUUUAACCUGUUAGACCACUAAGAGAAACAUAAAAUCAAACAAAUCAACCUUUUGGAACCCCAUGACUACCGGAUAUAUUAUGUAAACAUUAAUUUACAUCAUCAGUAUGGAAUUUCUGUCUGUGGGGUGUAAAGACAACCCUCCUGUCAAAAGGUCCCAGCGGCAAGGGGCAAGGAGCGAUGGCUGUUUUUGCAGGCUAGUUCAAAGGCAAUAAUUUAUAAUUUUUCUUUUACAGUGUACUUAAAGGAGGCAGCGCGGCCGAGUGACCGCUCGUUGGAUGCGCAGUUCGGGGGCAAGUCCCACUCUGGCCGGCAAGUCCUGCUCUGGCCACUUCCCGGAUUUGUUCUCGGUCGUCCCGAGCCAAGUGCAAAUCCUCUGCUACACUUGUAAAUAGCCAGCUGGUUGCCUCCUGCCAGUUGGGGUUUUAAUCCUGUUAUGUUAUAUUUAAUAAAUUUGUUUCUAAGUAUUUGAGUGGAGUGCCUGUAAACUAGCUGGAUAAACUAAGUGCACUUUCCACUAUAAACAAGCCAUUUAACCUUUUUUUUUAACUUUAAUAAUAGAAAAUAUAUGAUAUUAUUAUGUCUUUUUCUUUCACUUAUCUAACUUAAUAAUCCUUUGGUCUGUUUGAUAUAAUAGAAAGCCCAGUCAGAACUGGCUUAUGAUCUUCAGGCCUCUAUAACAAAACAGAAGAUUAAGGAAGAAGAGAUGCAGAUCAAAGUUGUGGAAAGGGCACAGCAGAUUAAUGUUCAAGAGCAGGUAAUACCUUGUUGUUGUUGUGGUUCUUGUCAUUGUACAAGAAGAUGUGAUUUUUGCCAUUUACUAGUAAUUUCUUCGUUGAUGUUGAGUUCCAAAGUACAUAAGGCAGUGUAAUUGGCGAUAUCAGGAAAAUGAACUAAACAGCCAUGACACGGCCUCUUAAACUCAGCUUCAUGCUUGCAAGACCUGACAUGUUGCUUUUACUAUAAAGGUGUGGGUGUAACUAUCUACAUGUAGUUGUAUCAUGGGCACAUUCCCAGGGCUAUCAAUAAGGGCUGGUAGCGGUCCUUAGCCAGCGACUUUCAUCUCCUGCUAUCCUAACUGCUAACAAAAAAUAAGCACCAUUGAAUUAGCUAAUUUUAUUAUUAGUGUUGAAUGACGUUGAACACAUAUUCAAGCAGGUUUAGAUCUGUGAAACAUUUGAACCGUGUGAUGUCAUGGAACGCCUGGGAUAUUUUGACUACAUUGUUCCUAGUCGUUUGUGCAUUGUGAUGAAACAACAUGGUGUCCGUGGUGGAAAAUUCUUCUUGAAAUCCCCUGGAAAUGUCAUUUCUGAGACUCUAAAUUUCAAAAUAUUCCUAGAUGCCUCAGCCCUUAAGAGCUUGUGCCUUUGGUGCGAGUUCUGCCUACUAUUCAUUAUCAGCCUGCCACGUCAGCUCUUCAUUGCAAAGCAGGCAGCUAAACCUGUUCAAAGAGAGUAUGGAUUUUAGAGAAGUCACUCUGUACCUGUAGUUACCUUGUUUGUUGUGUCAAUAUUGUAGGAAAUUGCUCGUAAAGAUCGUGAAUUGGAAGCAACCAUUAAACGACCAGCUGAAGCUGAAAAGUAUAAAGUGGAAAAACUUGCUGAGGCCAACAGGUAUGCAGUUAAUGAAAGAUGCUGUUCUUUGCCAGUGCCACAGGGUUUCACAUUUGUUGAUAAACUGGUACUGUAGUGUAUGGGUAUCAUGCAAUGUUAUUUGCUAAAAUAGGCCUUUUAUCAUGCUGACCAUUCUUGAACAGAUUAUUAGUCUCAAUUCAGUUCAGCUAGUUGUAUUGAGUUGGACAAGUGUUGGGCUGUGUACCCCUGGCUUUAGAGCUAAGCUGUCAGUAAUAAACCCACAGAUUCUGAAAUCAAUUUACUUGUCUUUCCUUUCUAAGGAAUCGUGUGAUACUUGAAGCUGAGGCUGAAGCUGAAGCCAUAAAGGUUAGUAGAGCUUAAGGAAAGAAAGAUACUGUUAUUAGUAAUGUUGUUGAGAAAGAUACAAAGAAAUUCAAGCAUGCAAUGAGUGUGGGACAUGAUUUUACCCAUUGACAUCCAAGGUAUACCUGCCAAUAUAAGUCCAGGGCAUGAGAUUUUUUUGUAAGUGUCCUAGGAUUCUUCAUAGAAGACCUGAUCAUAUCCAGAGAGAAAGAGAUCUAAAAAAUGUACUCAAGUUUCCAAAAUAGUGCAUUCCAGAGUGCAAAAGUUCUCAAGAAAAUAAUCACGCCUUGACAUCCAAAGGCAGAGAUUUUGGAGAGAGUACAAUCAUUCACAGAGUGUGUUCUUUUCUUGUGUCAAGUUCAUUUUUCUUUAUGUAUUUUUCAAAAAAUGUGCCAGUUAAUGUUGAUUAUUAUAGCCAAAUAAUUUAUUGUUGUAACUGGCAGGAGAAAUUGGCCAGUAAACUUAAUCAUACACACGGCAAGGCUGUGGCCAAGAUUUCAAGUUGCCAGNCUAACUUAAUAAUCCUUUGGUCUGUUUGAUAUAAUAGAAAGCCCAGUCAGAACUGGCUUAUGAUCUUCAGGCCUCUAUAACAAAACAGAAGAUUAAGGAAGAAGAGAUGCAGAUCAAAGUUGUGGAAAGGGCGCAGCAGAUUAAUGUUCAAGAGCAGGUAAUACCUUGUUGUUGUUGUGGUUCUUGUCAUUGUACAAGAAGAUGUGAUUUUUGCCAUUUACUAGUAAUUUCUUCGUUAAUGUUGAGUUCCAAAGUACAUAAGGCAGUGUAAUUGGCGAUAUCAGGAAAAUGAACUAAACAGCCAUGACACGGCCUCCUGCUCGCAAGACCUGACAUGUUGCUUUUACUAUAAAGGUAUGGGUGUAACUAUCUACAUGUAGUUGUAUCAUGGGCACAUUCCCAGGGCUAUCAAUAAGGGCUGGUAGCGGUCCUUAGCGAGCGACUUUCAUCUCCUGCUAUCCUAACUGCUAACAAAAAAUAAGCACCAUUGAAUUAGCUAAUUUUAUUAUUAGUGUUGAAUGACGUUGAACACAUAUUCAAGCAGGUUUAGAUCUGUGAAACAUUUGAACCGUGUGAUGUCAUGGAACGCCUGGGAUAUUUUGACUACAUUGUUCCUAGUCGUUUGUGCAUUGUGAUGAAACAACAUGGUGUCCGUGGUGGAAAAUUCUUCUUGAAAUCCCCUGGAAAUGUCAUUUCUGAGACUCUAAAUUUCAAAAUAUUCCUAGAUGCCUCAGCCCUUAAGAGCUUGUGCCUUUGGUGCGAGUUCUGCCUACUAUUCAUUAUCAGCCUGCCACGUCAGCUCUUCAUUGCAAAGCAGGCAGCUAAACCUGUUCAAAGAGAGUAUGGAUUUUAGAGAAGUCACUCUGUACCUGUAGUUACCUUGUUUGUUGUGUCAAUAUUGUAGGAAAUUGCUCGUAAAGAUCGUGAAUUGGAAGCAACCAUUAAACGACCAGCUGAAGCUGAAAAGUAUAAAGUGGAAAAACUUGCUGAGGCCAACAGGUAUGCAGUUAAUGAAAGAUGCUGUUCUUUGCCAGUGCCACAGGGUUUCACAUUUGUUGAUAAACUGGUACUGUAGUGUAUGGGUAUCAUGCAAUGUUAUUUGCUAAAAUAGGCCUUUUAUCAUGCUGACCAUUCUUGAACAGAUUAUUAGUCUCAAUUCAGUUCAGCUAGUUGUAUUGAGUUGGACAAGUGUUGGGCUGUGUACCCCUGGCUUUAGAGCUAAGCUGUCAGUAAUAAACCCACAGAUUCUGAAAUCAAUUUACUUGUCUUUCCUUUCUAAGGAAUCGUGUGAUACUUGAAGCUGAGGCUGAAGCUGAAGCCAUAAAGGUUAGUAGAGCUUAAGGAAAGAAAGAUACUGUUAUUAGUAAUGUUGUUGAGAAAGAUACAAAGAAAUUCAAGCAUGCAAUGAGUGUGGGACAUGAUUUUACCCAUUGACAUCCAAGGUAUACCUGCCAAUAUAAGUCCAGGGCAUGAGAUUUUUUUGUAAGUGUCCUAGGAUUCUUCAUAGAAGACCUGAUCAUAUCCAGAGAGAAAGAGAUCUAAAAAAUGUACUCAAGUUUCCAAAAUAGUGCAUUCCAGAGUGCAAAAGUUCUCAAGAAAAUAAUCACGCCUUGACAUCCAAAGGCAGAGAUUUUGGAGAGAGUACAAUCAUUCACAGAGUGUGUUCUUUUCUUGUGUCAAGUUCAUUUUUCUUUAUGUAUUUUUCAAAAAAUGUGCCAGUUAAUGUUGAUUAUUAUAGCCAAAUAAUUUAUUGUUGUAACUGGCAGGAGAAAUUGGCCAGUAAACUUAAUCAUACACACGGCAAGGCUGUGGCCAAGAUUUCAAGUUGCCAGAAAAAAGUGGUAGGCAGGGAAAAAGAAUAGCUAAGGAUUUCUUAGUUCAAUUUUUCCUUUGUUUCCUAUGAAAGUAGCGAGGGUUCAUGCUCACAGCAGCCAGGGAAAUCCACGGCCCCAAGUCCUCAGUGACAGCCUUAAAUAAAAAGCAAAGUUUUCAAUCAGCAGACAUGGGCCUUGUGCCAAGCAUGAGAAUUGGCAGGCACACCAAAGGGACUUGUACCGUUUGGACAUUUUAACAGCACCAUUGAUCUGGUCUAAUGGCAAGAAUUGGGCCAUUUCCCAUUUUCAUGUGCACCAAUCCUGCUUGCUGCUAGCAUCAACAUUAUGUGUACAGCAUUUUAAUACUGAAUGGCAGUGAUUUCCAUUUUUGUUAACAGGUGAAAGGAGAAGCUGAAGCAUUUGCCAUAGAAGCCAAAGCUACAGCAGAAGCUGAGCAGAUGGCAAAGAAGGCUGAUGCAUGGAAAGAAUACAGAGAAGCUGCUGUUGUGGAUAUGGUGUUGGAGACCAUGCCAAAGGUAUAUAUAUAUACAUAUAUAUAUAUACCAGGCUUUUUCUACACAAGCCUGUUUAUAUUUGUCCUUAAUACAUGUACUUCGUAGUCACAAACUUGCACCUCAUGUCCAUGUGUAAAACAGUUUUGUAAAAAGUGUAGGGCUGAAAGAACACUGGGGACAGAAACUGAACUCAUAUCCCAAGCAGGUGUCUGUUGUAGGUAAAAUUGAUUUCAGGUUAAAUCAGUAUUCAACUCAGUUUGAUUCAGAAUUCCCUUUGUUUCCUAGCCCUAAUCAUUCAUAGGAGACAAAGGAAAUUCUGUUUUGACCUGAGAACAGAUUUUACCUACAACAUCUACAUGUUUAAUAUGCCAGUAGUGCCUCUCAACUCAUUUUGACUGUAAUUUCACAGAUUGCAGCUGAAGUUGCAGCUCCUAUUUCCCAGUGUAAGAAGAUUGUAAUGGUGUCCAAUGGCAAGUGCGACGUUGGUGCCAGUAAGAUCACCUCAGAAAUUCUGGAAAUUGUGGCCAACCUGCCCAAAUCAGUUGAAGCUUUAACCGGAAUUGAUAUCAGCAAGGUGAGUGACAUCAAGAGUAAAACCCUUUUCUGA